CAAAUCGGCUAUGUCUCAUUAUCAUAAGUCGGUUCUUCGUUAUCUUUCUCUGUGGUUCUGUAGCUUUUUCAGUCGGUUCAUCACUAUCCUAUUUUCCCAAACCUUAGCUAGCCCUUAAUUUCUUCAUUUUUCCUUUAAUAAAACCUCCUCCUUAAGUUUUUUUCUGUUUAUUAGCACAAGUUGAAGGAUUUUUUUCUGAGAUUUUCUGGGGAAAAAAAUAUUCAAGAUUCAGCUUGUUUUGAGUUUUAUUCACCAUUUCCUCAUCUGGGUCUUGCUUAGUUUUUGCUAAAACCUCUUCACUUUUGAUCACUGAGCUGAGGUCACUGAUUAGCUGUCCAAAAAUGGUAGAUUUUAGUGAUAAAGUAGCAGAAAAUGAAGAAAUGAGUGGGCAAAAUCAAACCCCAGAAAGAGUUUUAUCAGAGAAUAGUGAAAGCCAGCUAAAGACUUGUGUUGAUUGUGGUACUACUAAAACUCCUCUUUGGAGAGGUGGACCUGCUGGACCUAAGUCAUUGUGUAAUGCAUGUGGGAUAAGGAGCAGGAAAAAGAGAAGGGCACUUUUGGGAUUGAACAAAGAAGACAAGAAACCCAAAAAAUCAGUGGGAUUUUCAAAUAAGAGUGUUAGCCAACAUCAUAAUCAGAAUCAGAGUAGUAAUAGCAGUACAAGCAGCAGUGAGGAAAGUACAACAAGUAAUGCAGUAAAGAACAAUAAAUGCAUUCCAUUUAAAAAGAGAUUAUUGCAUUUUGGUAGAGAAGUAGCUUUACAAAGACCAAGAUCAAGCUCUACUCAACACAGGAGGAAAUUGGGAGAAGAAGAACAAGCAGCAUUCUUGUUAAUGGCUCUUUCUUGUGGUUCUGUUUAUGCUUAGAAAAUGAAGAAAAUAAUUAAGAAAAAAAGAAAAAGUUGUACUAAUGGUAAGGAUUGUAUUACCCUUUGGCCUUUUUUGGGUUUGUUGAGCAAGAAGGUAGGUGCAUGAGUAGAAUCUUAAAUGAUAAAAAAAGAGCUUAAUCAAGUUGAUAGCUCUCAAGAAUGUAGGGUUGAGAAUUGGCCUGUGUUUAAAUUUAAUUUAAUUUAUUUGAACCUAAUUAGAGUUAUUGGUAA